AUGGGGUUCACAAGGCCACAAAAAGGUUUCAUUAGCAUUGAUUGUGGCAGCAAUGAAGAUUACAUUGAUGAGCGAACCAAAAUCCGUUACAUAUCGGAUAAAGAAUUGAUAGACACCGGCAUAGUUAAGACGGUAUCCCCUGAUUCAUCUACAAAUCUUCAACAAAAUGCUAAGAACUUGAGAAGUUUUCCCCAAGGAACAAGGAAUUGUUACACCCUGAGACCAGAGCAAGGUAAAAACAAUAAUUAUUUGAUCAGGGCAAGAUUCUUUUAUGGGAAUUACGAUGGUAAAAACCAAACACCAGUAUUCGACCUACAUCUUGGGGUUAAUGAAUGGAAAACAGUGAAAUUAACAAAUGCUGGUCCAAAUCGUAUUGUUCAUAGUGACAUUAUUCAUGUUCCCUAG